UCCCAGUCAACCCUGGUGACCAUGGCGGUAUUUCACGACGAGGUGGAGAUCGAAGACUUCCAGUAUGAUGAGGACUUGGAAACCUAUUUCUACCCCUGCCCAUGUGGCGAUAAAUUCUCUAUCACCAAAGAUCAGUUUAUGUGUGGAGAAACAAUCCCAGCUCCUUCAGCCAACAAAGAAUUAGUUAAAUGCUGAAGAAACCUUCAGAAUCCAAGUCCUAAAGAGUUGGCGUUGAGCCAGGAUGGAAAUAUCAAGUGCAAAGUUACUGGCUUCUUUACAGGGACAUCUGUUUUAUGGCUUGUCGUGAAUGUAGAUCUUUUAACAACUGCCAGGUCCAUCUUCAACUAGAAAAGUGAGCUGCUGAUGACAUGUCAGACUUGGAUUUCAUGCUUAGAACUUUGAAGUGUAAGUUGGAAAUAUACUUGAUCCAUUUGGAUUUCAAAAA